AUGUACUCGCCCGUCGAUGAAAUCAUUCUUCACGCUCAAAGGGCUUUUGAUGUUUGCAGAGAACAAGUAUAUGACUAUGAAGAUUGCAGACAAUUAGACUAUAUGGGACAACACCGUCCAGAGCUUUGUCAAAAAGAGUCAUUAAACUUAUUAAAAUGCUACGAAAAGGUUGAAGAAGUUGAGCCUAUCUGCUUAGAACCAAUGAAUAAUUAUAGAGAGUGUUUUUAUAAGUAUUCUGGAAAUUUAUUAGCGUGCGAGCUUGAAAUGGACUUGUUCAAUAAAUGCCAAGAAAACCCGAAAUGGUAUGCAGAAGAAGGAAUAAAGAGGUGGGGUGGGAUACGUCCAGACUAUGACACUAAGAAAGAUAGGCCUAGAUUCUAA